CGAGAAGACAGCGACGCGAUCGGUUGUGUUUGCGGUUGUGCGGUUGUGAAGCUGCAAACUGGCGUAUCGGGAAAAACACUUUUCAGUUUUUCCUUUACGGUAUUCCAAUGUAAAGAUAAAUAUUAAAGUGUGCAUUAAAGUGUCGUUCCAAAUGAUUGAGUGCGUUUUUAGAUUCAAAACUUAAAUACUUUGAAAUAUUCAAAAAUUUAGUUGUUUUGCGAAAGUUAGUGAAAAUUAUCGUACUGUUGGGACACCCUGUAUAUUUGUGUUUGCCAGAAUUUCCAAUUGUUAGGAGUAGAAUUGCCUAAAGAAUCCACACAUAAUACCAUAUAAAGCAUGUGGCUAAUUUACAACUUUUUCAAAUGCUUGGCACUCUUACAGCUACUGGCCCAAAGUCAGGGCGGCAUUGUUCAGGAGGCAAAGCGACACAUUCGUGCUGAGUUCAAUGAUGCACUGGGUCAUCGAAGCUAUCACGGAUCACAUUGGCACAACGGACAGCGGGUGCAUCGGCUCUACAUGCCCCAUUCCCAUCAGAGAUGGAGUGGACGACGAAAGGCCAUAAACCAUCCGCAUCCCUUCAGCCGUUGGUCUCAGUGGACAUCCUGCGAUGAGGAUUGCAUUAGACGAAGGGAACGCUAUUGUCGUGCAAAGCGGAAAUGUGGUCAUACCAAACACAUGGAACAACGCAAGUGCCUACACUGCAAUCCCUCGGUAAAGUGGCACGAGCCAAGGCAGGAGCAUCAUUUCCAGGGAAACCUAAGGCACAGUAACCCCAAUACGCCAUCCAUUAUCAUCAAUGCUGCGGCAGCCGCAUCGAGUGGAUCACCUUUUCAACCACACAGAUCUCACUCAUAUUCCCACUCGGAUAUAGACUCUGUGGAGGUAGUUCACAGAAAGCCGCCACAUGUCUAUCCCAUCGAAGAGGCAGAAGAGGACGAUGACUCCCAUUAUGAUGGUGAUCAAGGCGACUUUUUUGUGCUGAAAAGAAACAGAAAAAGGGAUCGACAGCAGUUGAGACCGAAUCCAAGGCAGCAUCCCAGACAGAGAAAUAGAAAAAAGUCCAAGCCCAAGCACAGACCACACUAUAUCGAUGAUGAUUUCGAGGAUUAUCUGGAGAAGAGAUCGCUUACUUCUCAGCAGCGCAGUUUGGGAGGAGCUGAAAGCGACGCUGGCUUGGAAGGAGACGUCUUUCAAUACGAGGACUUUGAUUUCGAGCCAGAUAACGCAUAUGGCGAAUCAGAUGAGUAUUCGGAAUAUCGUAACAUUAGCUUACUGUCACCGACAAAGGAACGUAAUACGCCGGAUGGAUUGCUACCACGUCAUCGACGCAUCUACUCAAAGUGGAGCCGCUGGACCAGGUGCUCUCCCAAGUGCACCACACGUCGCUAUAAAAAAUGCCGAGUGAGUGAGCAGUGUGGUCGGGAGGUGCUUCGGGAGAUCGCCUACUGCUACACAGAGGGCAGCUUCUGCCAGCAAUGGCUACAGACACAAGUCCAAAAAGCGCCAGUCUAUGAGACAAGACCAGGACCAGGUUCCAGUUCCGGUCAUGGCGGAGCCUUGAGGCGCAUGCACACAGAGCCAGGUGCAGGCACAUUGAGUAAAAAUGAUGUGAAUGUUAUCAUGAGUGGGAAAGGUUAUCGAGGACCCGAAUACUCGCCUCUGAAAUUGCACUGUGGUAUUGCAAGGAACGGGCAACGAAGCGUGUAUAACAUGCUGAAAAUCAUUGGCGGAAAGUCGGCCAAAAAGGGCGAAUGGCCGUGGCAAGUGGCGAUCUUGAAUCGCUAUAAAGAGGCCUUUUGCGGAGGAACCCUGAUAGCUCCUCUUUGGGUCCUAACAGCGGCUCAUUGUGUAAGGAAAGUGCUCUACGUGCGCUUUGGGGAACACAAUCUGGAGUAUGAGGAUGGAACUGAGGUGCAAUUGCGGGUGAGGACGAGCUUCAAGCAUCCGAAGUUUGACAAGAAGACGGUGGACAGCGAUGUGGCUCUGUUAAGGCUUCCCAAGCCCGUCAACUCAACCAGCUGGAUUGGUUAUUCCUGCUUGCCGCGACCUUAUCAACCUUUGCCCAGGAAUGUCGUUUGCACGGUCAUUGGCUGGGGAAAGAGACGUAAUCGGGACGCAAUGGGUACAUCAAUUUUACAACAGGCAGAUUUACCUAUUAUACCCAUGGACAACUGCAGAAGUGUCUAUCACGAUUACACCAUCACAAAGAACAUGUUUUGCGCUGGUCAUCAACGUGGACGCAUUGAUACUUGUGCUGGAGACUCGGGAGGUCCUUUACUCUGUCGGGAUACUACCAAGGCCAACCACCCGUGGACUAUUUUUGGCAUUACGUCCUUUGGAGAUGGCUGCGCCAAGCGCAAUAAGUUUGGCAUCUAUGCAAAGGUGCCCAACUACGUCGACUGGGUGUGGUCGGUCAUUAACUGCGAUGGAAACUGCAAAUUUCACUGAAUCCCUACGAAAGUAAUCAUAGAUAAAGGUUAGGGUUAAGCUCGUUAUGUUUCAGAGGCUGUGAGAUUCUACUUAUUUAUAAUAUAAAACAUACUCGUAGUUCUAUAACUUCUCAUUUUUAUAAACAUGAAUUCUGAAUUACUUGAGUUUAUCGCUUGGCCUUAUAAAGGAGAUUUCCCAAACGAUUUUGACUUGAGAUACAGCGCGAAUAAGAUACGUAUAUUCAACACAAAUCUAUGCAAAUUUACACUUAACAAGUAACUAAAGAUUUUCAGCGUUUUUUAACAAGAUUAUUGGAUGGUCUACAAGGAAUUAGAGAAAAUUUAUUUAUAUGUAUAGGAAAGAGUUGGUAAAUAGCUUUAAGCUGGGCACUUAACUAGCAGAAUAUUUUAAGUUGUACGAUAUAAUGUAAUCGUCUAUCUACUAAUUAUUUAAACAUGUGUAUAAACUGAAGCUGCUUUGGGGAUGCUCAGUCGAAGAUUAAUUUUAUAUAGAACUAAUGUUGUUGCAAUCUUAAUGUAUUUUAUAUAUAAAUAUAAGCCUUUCCUUGCCAAACAUAAAUACUUUCUAAACAAAAAGAAUUCGCUUUGAUAGACCUUAAGUCCAAUACCAAUAAAAUGUACUAAAAUAAAUGCCUUAAAAGCGAAUAUAAUAAAAGUAAGCUUGUCAAAUUA